AUGGGGAUGCAUAGCCCAUUCAUGAUACGCUUUGUUUUAGGGUGUUUCUUAUGGUUCCCCCAAGUGACAGGUGAGGAAGGCUGUCUCAACACUGAACUCUGUUCAGGUACGGAGUGGGACCAUUUGUGGUACAUCUGGCUGGUGGUGGUGAUCGGUGGGCUGCUGCUCCUGUGUGGCCUGGUUUCUGUCUGCGUGAGAUGCUGUUUUCAUUGCCGCCAGAGAGGGGAGGAAUCAGGUCCUCAGCCCUACGAGGUCACCGUCAUUGCUUUUGAUCAUGACAGCACCCUCCAGAGCACCAUUACCUCUCUCCAUUCCGUGUUUGGGCCUGCUGCCAGGAGGAUAUUAGCAGUGGCACACUCCCAUAACGCCGGGCAGGGAACACCACCCCUCCCAGCAUCAGACACUCCUCCAGUCUACGAAGAAGCUCUGCACAUGAGCAGAUUCACAGUCGCCAAGGCAGGGCAGAAAGUGCCAGACCUGGAUCCAGUGCCGGAGGAAAAACUGCAGGCAUCUGCCGAGGGCAAGGAUGCCCAGCCAGCCUUCCCAGGACACUAG